UGACUCUGCGCAUGCACCAUGAAUCAUAAGGUCUGUUUUUUAUAGCUGAACUAGCUACACUAGUUCAGAGUUUAUCUUUCUUCUUCCAAUGUAGAAAGAGAAAAAUAAACUGUGAACUAGUGCAGCAGUUCAGCUACAAAAAACAGGCCUGUAGGCUGCGUUCGGUUUGGCACUUACAGUGCUUAUAAGCAUCAUUUGUCCUUGUUUAACAUUUGAUAAACAAUAAGGAUGAAAUGAUUUUGUGAGCACUAAGCGCCAAAGCGAACGUAGCCAUAAUGUUGCAUCAUUGCAUGUAAUACACGUGUCGGUAAAGUAAAGCUAGGUAGACUGGUAGAACCGUGGAAACGAACUGGUGGAACCAUAGAAGUCGUCAACUAUCACGUAUCGGCAUCAACGGCAUCUCUUCACUGUUGUUUGCCUUAUUUUCGAAGUGAUUUUUGUGAAUUGCAUUUGCAUUUGAGAUUCUUCAUCGUUUUGUAAUCGAUUAAAAAUGGUUGUAUUUCGAGGUAUGACGGUGAAAGAGUACACGAGACAUUAUAUGAGUUUCCAACUGUUAUACGCGUUCCAUCAGACACCAUUCGGGAAGUGUCUCAUCGCCGUAACCAGCCCCGGCAAAACGUACGUUGCAUAUUUGACGUUCGUCGACGACGAUGAUGUAGCAGCUCUCAGAGAUCUGAAGCUAAAGUGGCCGUGUACUCAGACAUCGAAAGAUAUCAUAAACAAGACGAAUGCUGUUGUCGCGAAGAUCUUUCAUCCCGCCGGCCCUCAACUUCACUCCAUUCGUGUCCUCAUGAAAGGCUCGGAGUUCCAAAUUAAAGUUUGGAGAGCUCUGACGAGAAUUCCAAAAGGGGCAGUCACCGCAUACGAGGGAGUCGCAUGGAUGGCGGGCAAUCCCAGAGCCGCAAUAGCGGUGGGAGAUGCCGUUUCCAAGAAUUAUGUCGGCUACGUGGUGCCAUGUCAUCGUGUAGGACCAAAGAACGUGAACCGUGUCACCAAGUUUGCUUGGGGACUUGAACGGAAAACAGCUAUCUUGGAAUACGAAAAGCAGCUCUAUGGACCACUUGUUAGUAUGCUUGGCGAGCAGCUCUUACGUCUAAAUUAAUAUCUGUCAUAUAAGUAUAUAGCAUAACAUUUUUAUAUUAUAACGAGUAUUUUUUUAUAUUAUACUACAAAUUUGAUAUUUGUUAUAACUAUAGACUUUACAAAUAUGGACUGGCAACGUGCUAUAGUUUCUGUAUAAGACACAGCAUCCGCAGGAGGUAGGAGAGAGACAUGUACAUACAUACUUUCUAGUUUCUCUUUCUCGAAGUGUCCAGAAAUAUACAUUGCGCAUAUCAAUGAAACAUUUGACAGGUGUUAUGACACAAUCAAUAUGAGCAUAAUGAAAAUGUAUGCCCAAUCAGAAUACAUCCAAUGUGUCAACAUGUGCUAAACGUACUUCCGGACACUUAAGAAAUAAGAGAAGAAAGAGAAGUACGGACACGACUUUGUGCUUCUAUUGCCAGUCCAUACCUAUAAGAUCUAUAACUAUCUUUAUACUAAUAUUACAAAUCUAAUAUUUGCCAAAGUUAUUUUUAUAUCUUCUUAAGCUCUUUGUUAUUUUUGUAUUCAUAAUUUUUAUUAUCCACUAUGUAAAAUUUCUAAUGCCUCACCUCUUGUCUGAGUGCUCUUAUAAUUGCUUUCAAUUUGUAAUUAUGUCAUAUUUUAUUUUCGUGCAACGUUUUAUUCUCACUGCAACUCUUAAUUCUUAAAGGUUACGAGUAUAAACAAUUAGAAUUGUAUAAAAUAACUUACUUUACUUUCUUACAAUCAUAGAUGUUACACUGAAUAAAAGGCGCAUUUAAAGGCGAUAAAUGUUUAUUUUCACAUACA